ACGGUGCACGAAUUUACAAACAUUUCGGUUAUAUUUCUUUUACGAACUGCUUUAAAACUAGCUAAACUUUGUCUUUUAACAUUGUUUUGAGAUUAAAGUGUGCAAGUCAUUGUUCCUCGUCACAGAGGCCAUUUUAAUUAACGGAGUCUCCUCACAGACGACACGCGACGCAUAACCGCGUUUAACUUUGGUUUAAGCUUAAACAUUACAACAUAUUUCGGUGUGGUGAAAUUCGAGUGCUGCAAUUACAAUGGCGAAAGGUGAUCCAGGAAAGCCCAAAGGCAAGAUGUCUGCCUAUGCUUAUUUUGUGAAGACGUGUCGUGAAGAACACAACAAGAAAAACCCUGGCGUCACGGUCAACUUUUCCGAAUUUUCCAAAAAAUGCUCCGAGCGGUGGAAAACCAUGUCGCCAAAAGAGAAGACUAAAUUUGACGACAUGGCCAAACAGGACAAGGCCCGUUACGACCAAGAAAUGAUGACCUACAAUCCAGGAAAGAAAACGAGUCGGAAACAGAAGAAGGACCCCAAUGCUCCAAGGCGGCCACCGUCAGGGUUUUUCCUGUUCUGUUCAGAGAAGAGGCCUAGCAUCAAAGCCCAGUACCCGAACCUGGGCAUUGGAGAUGUAGCCAAGAGACUGGGUGAGAUGUGGAACAAUCUCUCUGAUUCGGAGAAGGAACCCUUCCAGUCAAAAGCCACCAAACUGAAGGACAAAUAUCAGAAGGACAUGGCUGAUUACAAAGGAAAGGGCAAAGGAAGUGGAGGAGCAUCAUCUGCCAAACCAAAACCCAAACCGGCCGCUGCUGCUGAUGACGACGACGAUGAGGAUGAAGAUGACGAAGAGGAGGAGGAUGAAGAUGAUGACGACGAUGAGGAUGACUAAAGAACUUUGUAUCUUAAUCGGGCAGUAUGAGUUGUGUUUGUUCGCUGCCAAUGAGUUUCAGUUGAGUCCGGUUCUAACAGGUCUUGGUGUCAAAGCUGCUAUACACUGAUCACCAGUAGAGACGCCCAAUGCAUGCAAGCUCUGACUACAGCCAACCAAACUCUCUCAGUGUUGGGUUGCUGGCGGUCUUAUGUUUUUAAGCUUGCUAUUAUGUAUUGGCAAAAGUAAAAUUUCCACACCGUUCAAGAAUUAUACCAGUGGUAGCAGUGCAUACUCUUUUAAAACUAUUUAAGGUGGUGUGUCUCUGUAUGGCUGUUGACUUCUUUUUUUUAUUUUCUGUUCUCCCAGCUUUCAAAAUGCACAGUUUCUUGGAUAAUAAUCCCAUCUGUUUUCUGAUUGGCCCCGUAGGCUUCCUGCGUUGUUAAAAAUGUAAUGUGUGAUGUAUUAUUAUUAUUAAUAUUAUUAUUAUUUGUGUAAUUUCGAACGAUUACAUUCGAUCAUUUUAUGUGUAGAGAGUAUGGGGGAGAUUUCUGCUUUAUCCAGAUGCAAGUGUUCAAAACUUCAGCUCGGAAAGCUCUUAUUUGCACCUUCGAUUUGUUACUUUUUUAUGUAUAGGUGACACUGGGAUUUGAAAUAAACAUGGCAUUUUUAGAUCUCCAA